AUGUUGAAGACAACGAUAGAACAUUUCAAACAAAAGGGAAAGUUCUUUUGUUAUACAACGUAUUGGCAGAUUUUAAAGACGUUUGUGUAUCAUUGCACCAAAUUCUUUUGGAAUUCAAAAAAGAUAAUGACUCAAUAUGAGCGAAAACGAUGGCCAAGCAAUGACGGGCAUGAAGAUGGAAAUCGUAUUCAACAAAAUUUUGAUGGAGUUUCAUUGAUGCAUGAUCUUGCAUUGUAUGAGAAACAACGACAUGGUAUUUUAAUCAAACUCAAAAAGGUGUUCGAUAGUCAUCUUUUGAUUGGAGAAGAAUUCAAAAUUAAAUCUUCCAGAAUUAAAACAUGUCUAUGCGGAGAAAUUAAAGAUGUAUUCGUGACAUCUUUUCGGAUGAUAGAUGAUUUGGAGAGGGAUUCUCCAAGAUUGGAAUUUGAUAUGAGCUGCAUUGUUUUUCUUGGAUAUGGAUUUCCCAUUCAUAUCAAACUCGAAUAUAAGAACUAUCUGGAGCAAAGAGAAAACAUUACAGAACGUAUUUAUUUGAACAAUAAGGAACUGUUUUGCAAUGAGUUAAACAAAGUAGAGCAAUUCAAGACAAGUACAAUGAGUUUUUUAACAAGGCAUCUACUUCAUAACAAACCUGAUGAUUUGAAAGUACAUGAUCGAUUAGACAAGCAGUUAGUUUUUAAUACAAUUUUAUACAAUUUAUUUUCUGGAUUUUUGCCAGAAGAUGUCAUGAUCAAGUUCAAAGAACUAUCUAUGAUAUCUUCUCAGCCUGAAUUUUGUGUUUAUUGGAAUUUCGAACUACAAAACGUUGAGGAAUACAAACAAAAACAUUACAAUGACAAUCCAGAAUACGAAACUCAUCCUAACAACAAGACACACGCUCAGCAUCCACGCCAACCACUAAAAAGACCAAGAAAUAACAACAUUCCAUACACCUGUACAUUUCUCUAA